UUAUUAUAUCAGAUUAAAUUCUCAUUUUCACGUGUAGUAUAAAAUAAUCUUUUUCCCCAGUGCAUUUACGCAAAAGAAUUGCAUAUUAUAAAAAAUCAAACGAUAUUAUCUAAAAAAAAACUCUGAUUUGAUCCGGCACUUCUCAAUAAAUUUACUACGCAUCGCUCUAUCUUAUCAUGUCCAGUUUAACAUCAUUCAACUCUUCAGAAAGCAUGCCAUUUUUGGCCUUUAUCCGCUAUUUUUUCAUUCGUUAUUUUGGCGAUAUUCAUGGGGAUUGUUAUCAUAUGGAUGAUUCCUCAAACAAAAAAUCUCCGACGAACUCACCACUCGUGAUAUAAAAAUCAGUACGUCUAUCACUGCGGAGGUCACCAAAAUUAAGAUACUAAAAUCGCGGAUGAUCUCUCCUCACGUGAUGUAAGUAUUUACUGCGCCGACUUGUAAUAAAAAAAUUAAGAGUCCAACCUUUUUAAUCAAUUGUACUACGCAUAUCAUCAUUAUCAAUUAACGAAUUCAUUUCUCGGUUAGUAAAUCGGCAAAAUAGUACUACAUCAAAUAAAUUAAACACGAAAAGGACACGUAAAAUAAUAAUGACCACUAGACUAUCAAAAGAAAUAAUUUCAUUUCUUUAUCACCCAGCCUCCUGGGGAAUGGGGAGUUAACGAUUGGAUUUGUAUUACAUCAAAAAAGUACCUGAUGCGAACAGACGUGAAUCUCAUAAUUCGCUUGGAGCCGAGCUAAAAUUCUUCUUGCAUUAC